UUUAAUCAGAACAACCAGGGUGCCAGAGAUGCAGGUUGUUACAACUGCGGGCAGGUAGGUCACAUCGCUAGAUUUUGUCAUCUUCCGGAUAAGCGGUUGAACGGAGCGGCCUCGACCAGUAUGGCUAUCGUUCCGGUGCAAACUCCAGUGUAUGGCGGUGCUCCCAUCAGUACGGGACCUCCGAUGUACAACGGUUACAAUAAUUAUAAUGGAGGAUACUCAGGUGGCGGAGGGUUGGGUCGGCGCGUGUCGAAUUUGGAAGAUCUCAUUGCGAAGAUAAGAGGCAAACAUAAAGCAGAUGAAGCAAGGGAUAAAGUUACUUGGGAUGAAGAAGAGAAGAAGAAAAAGGAGAAGGAAGAGGAAGAUAGGCGUUUACAAGAAAAGAAAGACAGAGAGGAGAUGCAUUCUAUCUUCGCGAAGGAGCUUAAUACUAAGCUUGAUGUGAUCAACAUUGCGGUGGGGAAGAAAGACAAGGAUAAAGGGGAUGAUGAGAUUGCUAAGUUACGAGAGAAGAUCAAGAUGUUAAAGAACAGUCAGCAAGGGGGGACAUCGAUUGCAGCACAGGCAGGAAAGAAGAGCAAAGGAAGAGAUGACGAGAUAACGAAGCUGCGGGAAGAAAGAGAUUGCGGAUAUGAGACUGGCUUCAAAAAGAAGAUUCGGGGCAAUCGAAGAGGAGAUAGCAAAAGAGAAGAGGUUGAGAGAUGAAGCAAUGGCUGAUGCCGAAGCAUGCAAGAG